AUGGCGGUGGCAAAGGCGGCUUUCUCCACAUUGAAGAUGUGCUGCAACUCUGUAAAGGAGGAGGCAUUUAUCUGGAAUAUGCUCCCCCAUACGCUUAGAGAAGAGCUGCGGGAGUUUUUAGAAGACGUCCGUGGCUCCCGCAAUAAGGUGCCGCUCGCUCUCCAGCGAUGGGGGGAUUUCCACCAGAUCCUCCGUGCCGCGAGGGCCCUCAUGGGGGAGGGUAAAAGGACCGGGAAGCAGGGUGCCGCAGCUUACCAGCGGAUCCGCAGCUUCCGUGACUCCUUGCUCACCUUCGGGAAAAGGAGGGGGGCCAAGAGGCACGUCACCUGCCUCCUGGCAGAGGACGGCACCCCCUUCACGGAUCUGGUGGAGAUGUGCGAGAGGGCCAGGGCCUUCUACGCACACCUUUUGUCCCCGGAUCCGACCGACCCUACCGCUUGCAGAAUGCUCUGGGACGGACUCCCAACGGUCAGCAGGGGCAACUGGGACCGGCUAAAGUUACCUCUCUCUCUGGCCGAGUUCUCGGAAGCCCUCUGCCGCAUGCCCACCAAUAAAUCUCCGGGCAUGGACGGGCUGACCGUGGAGUUCUACCGCGUGUUCUGGGACGUCCUUGGCCCAGACCUAGUCACCGUCUGGGCCGAGGCCUUGCGGAGCGGGGUCCUCCCUCUUUCGUGCAGGCGAGCCGUGCUCGCCUUAUUGCCGAAGAAGGGGGACCUCCGCGACUUACGGAAUUGGCGUCCCUUUGGGUAUGCCGAUUGGCUGGAUAUCAUUUUGAUGAUAAUAGGUUUGAUUGCAGCUGUUGCAAAUGGAACAGGGCUGCCACUUAUUAUCGUUGUCUCUGGAGAGAUGACAAACAGAUUUGUGACGAUUGGCCAAGCAGUAAAUUUGUCUUCAGAAGCUGAAAUGACCAGGUUUGCCUACGACUAUGUGGGUAUUGGCUUUGCUGUAGUGAUACUGAGCACCAUCCAAGUCUGGACAUUUUUGACCUCAGCUGCAAGACAGACAGCAAGAAUCCGACAAAAGUUCUUUUUCGCAAUACUUCACCAGGAGAUGGCUUGGUUUGAUACCAGCCAGAUUGGAACGUUGAACACCCGACUGACGGAUGACAUUAACACCAUCCAUGAAGGCAUCGGAGACAAGUUCUGUAUAUUUGUACAAUUCUUUGCCACGUUUCUGACAGCGAUUGUUAUAGGAUUCGUCUAUGGGUGGAAACUGACUUUGGUGAUUUUGUCAGUUAGCCCUCUCCUUUUUGCAGCAGUAGCAGUUGGAUCAAUCUUCCUGGCAUCGUUCACUACAAAAGAGCUGACUGCUUAUGCUAGAGCAGGAGCUGUGGCGGAAGAAAUUUUGACUGCUAUCAGAACAGUUGUUGCUUUCAAUGGACAGAUGAAGGCAUUAUCAAAAUAUGAUGUUAACCUAGAGAAUGCUAGGAAAGUUGGAGUCAAAAAAUCCGUUACCACCUACACAUCUUUGGGUUUCACAGAGUUUAUUUUAUUUGGAGCCUUUGCUCUUGCAUUUUGGUAUGGAACCAAACUCACAGUGGAGGAGAAAGAGAAUUAUGACCUCGGAUGUGUGUUAAUUGUAUUAUUCUCUCUGCUCCGUGGCGCAUUCUUUCUCGGACAGGGCUACCCAUACUUAGAAAGUGUUGCCAAUGCUCGAGGUGCUGCCUAUGAAGUGUACAAGGUUAUCAGUAAGCACCGUCUUCUAGAUAGCAGUGCCAAGGAAGGAUACAGACCAGACAAGCUCAAAGGAGACAUUAAAUUCAAAAACAUCCAUUUCUGUUACCCAUCUAGACCUGAUGUUAAAAUUCUCAAGGGCCUGAACCUGAAAGUUCAAUCGGGGAAGACCAUCGCUCUGGUUGGCUCCAGUGGCUGUGGCAAAAGUACUGCUAUUCAGCUGCUACAGAGAUUCUAUGAUCCAGUCCAAGGAGAGAUUACCUUAGAUGGACGAGAUAUUCGGACACUUAAUAUAAAGUGGCUAAGAGAACAUAUUGGCCUUGUAAGCCAGGAGCCUAUUUUGUUUGCUACAACAAUAGCUGAGAACAUUUGCUGUGGCAGAGAGGGUAUUACUGAUUAUGAAAUUGAGAAAGCAGCUAAAGAAGCCAAUGCUUUUGAUUUUAUAUCCAGACUGCCUGAUAAAUUUAACACCAUGGUGGGGGAAAGGGGAGCUCAGUUGAGUGGAGGGCAGAAACAGCGAAUUGCUAUUGCCCGUGCCCUGGCAAGGAAUCCCAGGAUUCUGCUGCUGGAUGAAGCCACGUCUGCUCUGGACACUCAGAGUGAAUCUAUUGUGCAAGCAGCUCUUGAUAAGGCUAGGGCUGGACGUACCACCAUUGUGAUAGCUCACCGGCUCUCCACAAUCCGGACAGCUGACAUUAUUGCUGGAUUUCACAACGGUGUUGUUGUUGAACAGGGAACACACAAUGAACUCAUGACACAGAAGGGUGUCUACUAUUCUCUUGUGAUGCAGCAGGUAAUGAGAUGUGGUCGAGGUCAUGGUGGAAACACUCAAAAUGGGAUGUCAGAAGAUGAAGACUAUGAGGAAGAGGAUCUAGUUGAUCUCAGGAUGGAGAACCUAACUGAUGUUGGUGGUUUUGAAGAACCAGGAAUCAUUGAGAUGGGAAGCAUUCCUAAGGGAUCCAGAAGGCAUAAAAGCAGAAAGACCUGUUCUAAGAAAAAGUCGUCUGAAAAGAAGAAGAAAACAAAGGAGAAAGAGGAGGAAAAUCUCCCGGCUGUGCCUUAUUCCAGAAUUCUGGCUCUGAACAAACCUGAGUGGCUGCAUAUAUUCUUUGGCGUGAUUGCUGCUGCCUUCUCUGGUGGCAUCCACCCUGCAUUUUCUGUUCUAUAUGGAAAAAUCAUUGGGGUAAGUUCAGAACUGUAUGAUCCUGAAAAAAGGAGCAAAACCACCACAUUGCUUUCUCUAAUGUGUCUUGUACUGGCAGUGAUCAGCUUAGUAACACACAUAAUCCAGGGAUUCAUGUUUGGAAAUUCUGGAGAAGUUCUGACCAAGAGAUUGCGAUCUUUGUCAUUCAAAGCAUUGCUUCAACAGGAGAUUGGGUGGUACGACGAUCCUAAAAACGCCAUAGGGGUUUUGUUAACCAGACUAGCUACAGAUGCUUCACAAGUCAAAGGGGCUACUGGAAGCCGACUUGGCUUGUUCACUAAGACUGCCUCUACCCUUCUGACCGCCAUCAUUAUUGCUUUUGUAUAUGACUGGCGAUUAACUUUGCUUAUCCUGGCCUGCAUUCCUUUCGUUAUUGCUGCAAGUGCUAUUCGACUGAGCUCUGUGGCUGGUCAGGCAUCAAAAGAUCAAAAAGCUUUGGAAGAGGCCGGCAGAAUUUCAAUGGAAGCGGUUGAAAAUAUAAGAACUGUGGCUUCAUUAACUAGUGAAGAUGCAUUCUAUGAGAGAUAUAAUGCAAGUUUGAAUGGUCCAUACAGGGACUCUCUAACAAAAGCCCCCCUAUAUGGACUUACUUAUGGAAUAGCCCAAUGUGCAGCCUACUUUCUUGAGGCAGCAAUCUUCAGAUUCGGGGCAUGGCUCAUUGCUAAUUGUUAUACAAACUUUGAAAAUGUAUUUAUAGCCUUCCUCUCAGUUCUAUACGGUGUUAUAAAUGUUGGGCAGUCCACUUCUUUGGCACCAGAUUUUGGCAAAGCUAAAGUUUCUUCCCAACGAAUCUUUCAGCUUUUGGAUCGGAAACCCUUAAUUGACAGCUAUAGUGAAGAGGGUACAAAACUGAGUCAGUUUGAUGGCAACAUUGAAUUCAGGGACAUCCAUUUUAUAUACCCUACACGACCAGAAGCUCAAGUUUUGCAAGGACUCAGCAUGAAGGUUAAUAAAGGACAGACGCUAGCCUUGGUGGGGAGCAGUGGUUGUGGCAAAAGCACAUCCAUUCAGCUGCUGGAGAGAUUUUAUGACCCUAUGGCAGGACAAGUGUUUGCAGAUGGGUUCGAUACCAAGUCUUUGCAUUUGCAAUGGUUAAGGUCCAAAUUGGGUAUUGUGUCACAGGAGCCUAUUUUGUUUGACUGCAGCAUUGCUGAAAAUAUCCAGUACGGAGACAACAGUAGGGUUGUCAGUCAGGAGGAAGUUGAAGAGGCAGCUAAAGCAGCAAAUAUUCACACCUUCAUAGAAAAUCUCCCAGAGAAGUAUAAUACCCGAGUGGGUGACAAAGGAGCACAACUUUCUGGAGGUCAGAAACAAAGAAUAGCAAUUGCUCGUGCUCUAGUUCGUAAGCCAGCAGUUCUGCUUCUGGAUGAAGCCACAUCUGCUCUUGACACGGAAAGUGAAAAGAUUGUCCAGAAAGCCUUGGACGAUGCCAGGAAGGGUCGAACCUGCAUUAUUAUUGCUCACCGCUUGACGACCGUCCAGAACGCUGAUGUCAUAGCAGUGAUUCAUAAUGGAAAAGUAGUGGAACAAGGGACUCACAGCCAGCUGCUGGCAAAGGAAGGACAUUACUAUGCACUUGUAAAUGCACAAGUUUCUCAUUAA